UAGUUAACGUAAAUAUGUCCUUAACGGAUCGUGCUUCAAGUCAACUCGUUGACUACAGCAAACAGGUGAAAGAUGAAAACAAUAUUCUGACCAUGUCUAAUGGUGCUCCGAUCUUCAACAAAAAUGCUGUUUUGACUGUCGGACAGAGAGGCCCAUUAUUAAUGCAGGAUGCUCAUUUUGACCGAGAACGUAUUCCCGAACGAGUGGUUCAUGCAAAGGGGGCUGGUGCUCAUGGAUAUUUUGAAACAACUCAUGAUAUUAGUAAAUAUUGUAAGGCCGCUAUUUUUAAUCAAAUUGGAAAGCGAACACCUCUUUUUAUUAGAUUCUCAAGCGUCGGCGGGGAAAGAGGAAGUGCUGACACUGUUCGAGAUCCGAGAGGAUUUGCAAUUAAAUUUUACACUGAAGAAGGGAAUUGGGAUUUAGUUGGAAAUAAUACCCCGAUAUUCUUCAUUCGAGAUCCGUUUCUCUUCCCGAAUUUUAUUCAUACACAAAAAAGGAAUCCAGUUACUCACUUGAAGGAUCCUGAAAUGGUAUGGGACUUUUGGUCACUUCGUCCUGAAUCUCUUCAUCAGGUUAUGUUUCUCUUUUCUGAUCGAGGUAUUCCUGAUGGGUUUCGACAUAUGAACGGUUAUGGUUCGCACACUUUUAAAUUGGUCAACAAGGAAGGGAAAGCUGUUUAUUGCAAAUUUCAUGCAAAGACUUCUCAAGGUAUUAAAAAUCUUUCGGUCGAGAAGGCUCAACAAUUGGCUUCUGAGGAUCCUGAUUAUGGAUUGCGUGAUCUUUACAAUAGUAUUGAAAAUGGACAAUUUCCUCAAUGGGAUUUCUUUGUUCAAAUAAUGACAUUCGAAGAGGCUGAAAAUUUUAAAUGGAAUCCUUUUGAUUUGACAAAAAUUUGGCCCCAUAAAGAAUUUCCUCUUAUACCUGUUGGUCGUAUUGUGCUUAAUAGGUAUUCACUCAAUUAUUUAAAUACUAUAAAAUUUUUAGAAAUCCGAAGAAUUAUUUUGCUGAAGUAGAACAGGCGGCUUUUGCAC